AUGUUCUUACAUAUUCAAACCAACGUUUCUUCGAUUUUAUUGAAAGUUUUUUUUGGGAAAGAUGAAGCCGAUUUACUUUCAAUACAAGCUAUCCGCGAGGAUGUUAUUGAAAUUCAAGCACGAUGUGCUUUCAAGAACAGAAAUGGUACUUUUACAGUCAAGCCAGGAAUUAAAAGCUCACUCAAUUAUAUUAGCUCUCUCCUGACAGAGAUGAAAACAAAAACCACAAAAAAGAAAAAAACUGCUUUGGUUUCAACUCCAUCGAUACUUUCAAUUCAAUCGACAGUUUCAAUUCCAUCGACCGUUUCAACUGCUUCAUCAUAUUCUAUUAAUUCUUCUCCUGGUGACACUGCUAUUACUCCAGUCGUUUCAACAAAAACUGUAACUGAACAUCAUGAAUUCAUUACUACAUCUAUAGAACAAUGGUAUAAUCAAAAUAAAAAUGAUCUUAAUCUUUUCGCAGUCAUAUGUUCAUGUGGGCUAAAAUCUUCCCUUGUUCGUGCUGAUUCAGGAAACUUCAAGGUAUCGAAUUAUUUUCGUCAUCUAAAAACAACUUGUUCGGUUGUUCAAAGUCAAUCUAUUGAUAAUUCAACCGAACAUGAACAAAUACGUAGUAACAUUGUUAUUUCUCGAGAUUCAUCUUUACUUUUAUCGUCACAACAACCAUCUACAGUUUCUACUAUCAAAAGAGCUCGACAAACAACAGCUGUUAAUAUUAACAAGAAAAAACUUCGAACAACUUAG